AUGUGCCACUACUGCCUGGCCAGAAUUAAUUUCUAUAGUGAAAUAUUAUUCAGUACUAAAAGAAAUGAACUAUCAAGUGAUCAGCGGGAGCCUGAGAAUGAAAUUUCUUUAGACUGCAAUCAUUUGUUGUGGAAUUACAAGCUGAACCUGACUACUGAUCCCAAAUUUGAAUCUGUGGCCAGAGAGGUUUGCAAGUCAACUAUAUCAGAGAUUAAAGAAUGUGCUGAAGAACCAGUUGGUAAAGGUUACAUGGUUUCCUGCUCUGUGGAUCACCAAGGCAACAUAACUGAAUAUCAAUGUCACCAGUACAUUACCAAAAUGACAGCUAUCAUUUUCAAUGAUUACCGUUUGAUUUGUGGCUUUAUGGAUGACUACAAAAAUGAUACCAACAUUUUGAAAUGUGGCAGUAUCCGUCUUGGUGAAAAGGAUGCACAUUCACAAGGUGAGGUGGUAUCGUGUUUGGAAAAAGGCCUGGUGAAAGAAGCAGAAGAAAAAGAGCCGAAGAUUCAAGUCUCUGAACUCUGCAAGAAAGCCAUCCUCCAGGUGGCUGAGCUGUCCUUGGAUGACUUUCGUUUAGACCGUCAUUUGUAUUUUGCUUGCUGAGAUGAUCAGGAGCGCUUUUGUGAAAACACCCAAGCUGGUGAAGGAAGAGUAUAUAAAUGUCUUUUUAACCAUAAAUUUGAAGAAUCCAUGAGUGAAAAGUAUAGAGAAGCACUAACUACACGCCAAAAGCUCAUUGCCCAGGAUUAUAAAGUCAGUUAUUCACUGGCCAAAUCCUGUAAGAGUGACUUGAAGAAAUACCAGUGCAAUGUGGAAAACCUUCCUCGGUCCCGGGAAGCCAGGCUCUCCUACCUUCUGAUGUGCCUGGAGUCAGCUGUGCACAGAGGGCAACAGGUGAGCAGUGAGUGCCAAGGGGAGAUGUUGGAUUAUCGACGCAUGCUGAUGGAAGAUUUCUCUCUGAGUCCUGAGAUUAUCCUGAGCUGCCGAGGGGAGAUUGAACAUCACUGUUCUGGACUCCAUCGUAAAGGGCGAACCCUUCAUUGUCUGAUGAAAGUAGUGCGGGGUGAAAAAGGGAACCUUGGAAUGAACUGCCAGCAGGCGCUUCAGAUACUGAUUCAGGAGACUGACCCUGGUGCAGAUUACCGCAUUGAUCGAGCUUUGAAUGAAGCCUGUGAAUCUGUAAUACAGACAGCUUGCAAACACAUACGAUCUGGAGACCCAAUGAUUCUUUCAUGUCUGAUGGAACAUUUAUACACAGAGAAAAUGGUGGAAGACUGUGAACACCGUCUCUUAGAGCUGCGGUAUUUUAUCUCUCGGGAUUGGAAGUUGGACCCUGUUUUAUACCGGAAAUGCCAGGGAGAUGCUUCUCGCCUUUGCCAUACCCAUGGUUGAAAUGAGACCAGUGAACUUAUGCCUCCUGGAGCUGUGUUUUCCUGCUUAUACAGACAUGCCUACCACACAGAAGAACAAGGAAGGAGGCUUUCACUAGAAUGCCGAGCUGAAGUACAAAGGAUCCUACACCAGCAUGCCAUGGAUGUUAAGCUGGAUCCUGCCCUCCAGGAUAAGUGCCUGAUAGACCUUGGGAAAUGGUGCAGUGAGAAAACAGAGACCGGGCAGGAGCUUGAGUGCCUCCAGGACCAUCUUGAUGACUUAGCUGUGGAAUGCAGAGACAUAGUGGGCAACCUCACCCAGUUAGAGUCUGAGGAUAUCCAAAUAGAAGCCUUGCUGAUGAGAGCCUGUGAGCCUAUAAUUCAGAACUUUUGUCAUGAUGUGGCAGACAACCAGAUAGAUUCUGGGGACCUGAUGGAGUGUCUGAUACAGAACAAACACCAGAAGGACAUGAAUGAGAAGUGUGCCAUUGGAGUCACUCACUUCCAGCUGGUGCAGAUGAAGGAUUUUUGAUUUUCUUACAAGUUCAAAAUGGCCUGCAAGGAGGAUGCGUUAAAACUUUGUCCCAACAUAAAAAAGAAGGUUGAUGUAGUGAUCUGCCUGAGCACCACUGUGCGCAACAACACUCUGCAGGAAGUCAAGGAUCACCAGGUAUCACUGAAGUGCCGCAAGCAACUCCGUGUGGAGGAGCUGGAGAUGACGGAGGACAUUUGUUUGGAACCAGAUCUGUAUGAAGCCUGCAAGAGUGACAUCAAGAGCUACUGUUCUACAGUACAGUAUGGAAAUGCUCAGAUUAUUGAAUGUCUGAAGGAAAACAAGAAGUAGCUGAGUACCUGUUGCCACCAGAAAGUAUUUAAGCUUCAGGAGACAGAGAUGAUGGACCCAGAACUAGACUAUACACUCAUGCGAGUCUGCAAGCAGAUGAUUAAGCGGUUCUGUCCAGAAGCAGAUUCCAAAACCAUGUUACAGUGCUUGAAGCAAAAUAAAAACAGUGAAUUGGUGGAUCCCAAAUGCAAACAGAUGAUAACCAAGCGCCAGAUCACCCAGAACACAGAUUACCGCUUAAACCCCAUGCUAAGAAAAGCCUGCAAAGCUGACAUUCCUAAAUUCUGUCAUGGUAUCCUGACCAAGGCAAAGGAUGAUUUGGAGCUGGAAGGUCAAGUCAUCUCAUGCUUCAAGCUGAGAUAUGCUGACCAGCGCCUGUCUUCAGACUGUGAGGACCAGAUCCGCAUCAUCAUCCAGGAGUCCACUCUAGAUUACCGUCUGGACCCUCAGCUCCAGCUGCACUGCUCAGAUGAGAUUGCCAACCUGUGUGCUGAAGAAGCAGCAGCCCAGGAGCAAACAGCUUCGCAGACCCUCAGCGCUGCUUGGCCUUGGUUUGCCGUCUCUGGCAAUCUUAAUGUGUCAUCCUGGGAUAAACUUGGUAGAGAUCUGAAUUUUGCCACUGAACAAGGCCUGGAGGCUCCUGCAGAGAUGCUGGUCCUUAGUGUACAUCGGAAGGCUAAGAAGCUGGGUGCCGAUGUCAGUGAAGGAUGGCAGCAGAAACAGCAACAGACACCUGUAAGGACACCUAUUGAGGGCAUCUAUAAGGACACCUGUAAGGACACCUAUAAGGAUACUUGUGAGGACAUCUGUGAGGACACUCGUAAGGACACCUGUGAGGACACUUAUAAGGACACCUGUGAUGACACCCAUAAGGACACCUGUGAGGACACUUGUGAUGACACCUAUAAGGACACCUGUGAGAACACCUGUGAGCCCACCUGUAAGAACACCUGUGAGGACACUUGUGAUGACACCUAUAAGGACACCUGUGAGAACACUUAUGAGGACACCUGUGAUGACCCCUGUAAGGACACCUGUGAGGACACCCGUAAGAACACCUGCGAGGACACCUAUAAGGAAGAGACACCUACACCUGUAAGGACACCUAUUGAGGGCAUCUAUAAGGACACCUGUAAGGACACCUAUAAGGAUACUUGUGAGGACAUCUGUGAGGACACUCGUAAGGACACCUGUGAGGACACUUAUAAGGACACCUGUGAUGACACCCAUAAGGACACCUGUGAGGACACUUGUGAUGACACCUAUAAGGACACCUGUGAGAACACCUGUGAGCCCACCUGUAAGAACACCUGUGAGGACACUUGUGAUGACACCUAUAAGGACACCUGUGAGAACACUUAUGAGGACACCUGUGAUGACCCCUGUAAGGACACCUGUGAGGACACCCGUAAGAACACCUGCGAGGACACCUAUAAGGAAGAGACACCUCCUCUGAUCCCGCGCCCUCCGCCUCUCAUUGCCAAGAUAAACAUCCCCAUGGACCUCCAGGAGCUAGCUGUGUUUGCCAUCCCUGGAGAUAUCUCAUUUUACAGCUGGGCAAACACCAGCAUGUAA